UAAUGUUGUAGGGAAUUAGGUGACUGUCUUUUGGAAAGCUGACUUUUAAAAAGCCACAGGCAGACCAUGCUAUGACGACUUCUUCCCUGAUCCUGCAUCCACACUGGGCGGAUACCUUCAUGUACGUGUAUGAAACAAGCCCGAAUGAAAAGACUCUCAAGAAAAGCCCAGACAUGGAGGGACUGAGUGGGAACUGUCCAAGCACUCACUGCCGGGAUUUUAUUUCUCACCCAGCACUGGGGCGCCAUUCCAGCUCCAUAGGGAGCCACCAAGGACCUGUGUACACGGAUAUUACCUCCUCCGAGGCUGGCACCAGGCAGUGCCCCGGACCCACGUCUUCUUCCAACGCCUCCCUGGGUUAUGCCUACCCGUUUGGAAGCAGCUACUACGGCUGCAGGUUGUCCCAGUCUCACAACGUCAAUUUGCACCAGAAACCCUGCUCUUACCACCCAUCCGACAAGUACCCCGAGCCCAGCAACUCCCUACCCAGCGAGGACUUCUCUUCCAGAGCCAAAGAAUUUGCCUUUUACCCUAGUUUUGCCAGCUCUUACCAGGCAGUGCCCGGCUACUUGGACAUGUCAGUAGUCCCGGGGAUCAGUAGCCACCCGGAACCUAGGCACGACACCCUCAUCUCUAUGGAGGGCUAUCAGCACUGGGCGCUACCCAACGGCUGGGACGGCCAAGUCUACUGCUCCAAGGACCAGUCCCAGCCCAGCCACCUAUGGAAGGCACCUUUCCCAGAUGUGGUGCCUCUCCAGCCAGAAGUGAGCAGCUACCGCAGGGGCAGGAAAAAGAGGGUCCCCUACACCAAAAUCCAGCUGAAGGAGCUAGAGAAGGAAUAUGCAGCCAGCAAAUUCAUUACCAAAGAGAAGAGGAGGAGGAUUUCCACAGCCACCAAUUUGUCUGAGCGCCAGGUUACCAUAUGGUUCCAAAACCGGAGAGUCAAAGAAAAAAAAGUCGUCACCAAAUGUAAAACCUCUCAUCUCCAUAACACCUGACAAAAGGGGGGACACGAGUACCCCCAAACCUCCUCCACCAUCUCCCCCUGAACAAAUAUUUAUCUCAUUCCCAUGUAUAAGACAUUUCUCCAAAUGAACUAUGGAUUAUUUAAUAUAGACAUGGAAUGCAAGUCACAGACUCUACCACUGGUCUCAGCACCCCAAACUUCAAGCUCGUCCUUGCAUCCCCAACUGUGAAUACACAGGGGCCUGAGGCUCUGUAGGCUCCAUGCAUAUAUAAAUAUAUACAGAAAGAAAUAAAGAUAUAUAGAUAUAUUUAAAUGUCAAACAGCUCUUAUCCUAAGGCCGGGACAUGGUCACUGUCAUGGAGAGACUUGGUGACACCAGACAUCUGUCUUUUUCUUCCAUCUUCUGGAGUCUUAAUUCAUUAUUAAUAAUAAUAAUAAUAUGCCGUGUAAAUAAGGUGCAUUUGUAAAACACGUUUUGUUGAGUAUGCUUGAAUAACUUGUAAAGUCGCACCACUAUGUUCUUUCUGCUGGGCGAUUCAGCAUUCACUUGCAGCAAGAACUUGGUGCUUAACUGCUCUAGAACCUCAAGAACGUUCUCUGCUAGAACGCUGAUCCUUCCUGUAGUGUCUGCCUAGGAGGCUGCACAGGGCAGAAGUAGGUCUGGAGCAGGCUCCACUUUUAGGACCAUCAGUAUUAUGAUACGGGGUAGAUAUUACAUCCAGAUUUGCAUUAUUUUGGGAAGUAUGAGUUUGUUUCAGUCAUAUUGAUUGGACGCUAUCCUUUGCUAUUUGCUGUAUGGGGAUGUUCACAUUGUUGUUGUUUUUAUCUUUUUUUUUUUUUUUUUCUUGGUAUGGAAUAUACUCAAUACCAGUCUUAGCACUGCUACAAGUGUCCAGGAAAACAGGAUGUGCCCAAGGUAUGCUGUAUAGAUCUCAUUUUUUUUUUGUUGUCGUGUAUAAUGUAUAGUAUUGUGGUGUCUGAAUAUUAUCUGUAAUGGAAGAAAAUUCAUUUCUUGAAAUAAAUAUCAUCUGACUUGA